UAAAUUUCAGAACAGAUACUCAAUCCCGUUCUUGGAAAACUUUUAAUUGGAACAUUUUUAAUUGUGUGCAACAGUUCGGGUAUGUGGAUGUAUUUUGUCAACUGUCAGUUUUAUGAAAUCUCCGUACAGUUGAGCUAUUUCCACUGAGAGUUUAGCAUCCACAUUGAGGUGCGCUGAAAGUAGAAGUUAUACCCCAGGUUUUCCAAGACUGAGUCCUUAAAAAACAAAGAAUAUAAACUAUCUCCAUAAUGUUUAUAUUAAUGAUAAUAUUUUGUAUAUAUUGAGUCAAACAAAAUUUGUUAUUAAAUUAAAUUUACUUCCGUAAUGUAGCUACUAGAAAACAGGAUUUGAAGUAUGUCUCACCCUGCGUUUCUAUCAGGUGGCGCUGUUAAAACCAAAGGAAGGAGCUAGAAUUGUGUGGCAGGUUUUAGGCAGGGGCUGACAUCCUCUGGUCACAAUGACAAGAGGGGAUUCCAGAGACCAGAGCAAGUCUGGCUCCGGGAGACUGCAUGGCCUGGGAGACCUGAGCCCCAGCCACCAAGAGAAACUCUGAUUCCCCAGAGAGGAGGUGCCCGCCGCCAGUCCACAGGGCUCUGCCAGCAGACAGCCUUGGCACACAGGCACAAGGGCUGGAGGCCAGAGAUGAGAGAACCCAGAGGAGAUGUGAGCCUGGCGGGCUGCCCGCUAACCUGUCGCUGAAGCCCCAGAAGCGGGCCCCCAGGCUGGGCCUGCCACGCCCCCGGCCCAGCAUGCGCCUGUCGGUGCGGAGGGUGCUGCUGGCGGCCGGCUGCGCCCUGGCCCUGGUGCUGGCAGUCCAGCUGGGGCAGCAGGUGCUGGAGUGCCAGGCGGUGCUGGCGGGCCUGCGGAGCCCCCGGCGGACCAUGCGGCCGGAGCAGGAGGAGCUGGUGAUGGUGGGCACCAACCACGUGGAGUACCGCUACGGCAAGGCCAUGCCACUCAUCUUUGUGGGCGGCGUUCCCCGCAGCGGCACCACGUUGAUGCGCGCCAUGCUGGAUGCCCACCCCGAGGUGCGCUGCGGCGAGGAGACCCGCAUCAUCCCUCGCGUGCUGGCCAUGCGCCAGGCCUGGUCCAAGUCUGGCCGGGAGAAGCUGCGGCUGGACGAGGCGGGGGUGACCGAUGAGGUGCUGGACGCCGCCAUGCAGGCCUUCAUCCUGGAGGUGAUCGCCAAGCACGGAGAGCCGGCCCGCGUGCUCUGCAACAAGGACCCAUUUACACUCAAGUCCUCCGUCUACCUGUCACGCCUGUUCCCCAACUCCAAGUUCCUGCUGAUGGUGCGGGACGGCCGGGCCUCCGUGCACUCCAUGAUCACGCGCAAAGUCACCAUCGCGGGCUUCGACCUCAGCAGCUACCGUGACUGUCUCACCAAGUGGAACAAGGCCAUCGAGGUGAUGUACGCCCAGUGCAUGGAGGUGGGCAAGGACAAGUGCCUGCCCGUGUACUACGAGCAGCUGGUGCUGCACCCCAAGCACUCCCUCAAGCUCAUCCUCGACUUCCUUGGCAUCGCCUGGAGCGACGCUGUCCUCCACCAUGAAGACCUCAUUGGCAAGCCCGGUGGUGUCUCCCUGUCCAAGAUUGAGCGGUCCACGGACCAGGUCAUCAAGCCUGUUAACCUGGAAGCGCUCUCCAAGUGGACCGGCCACAUCCCUGGGGACGUGCUGCGGGACAUGGCCCAGAUCGCCCCCAUGCUGGCUCGGCUUGGCUAUGACCCCUAUGCAAACCCCCCCAACUACGGCAACCCCGACCCCUUCGUCAUCAAUAACACGCACCGGGUGAGUGUGCACCUGCACUUGUGGAUAUGUGCUCUCGGGGUUCGGGGCCUUGGCAGCCGUGGAAGCUCCAGCCACCUGAGAAGAUGCCCAGUCUCUCAGUUCCUGGUCAUCUGGUUUGUUUCUAUCUGAAGGACACAGUGAGCUGCAUGAUGUCUUGUAUUUCCAUUUUCCCCUGGGCUGCCGGGAAGCUCAAAGCCAACAGGUAGCCUGUCUCUCAUACCCUAACAUCUAGCAGCAGGCCAGCUUUUCACUGAUGUCAUCUUAUUUCUCUGGUUUUAUUUACAUGUUUACCCCUGUUUCCCUGGCUACUUGUUUAUCUGUUUGCAAAGCACCUCAAGUCUUUGUUGAGAGGGAGUGUAAAUAAA